CUUCCGCGCAGGCACCUGCCUAGCCGCCCCGCGCGGGGGUCCUGAGGCGCCCCGGAGAAGCGUAGCGAUUGGCUGCAGCUGGCGGCUGGAGCUCGGCUCCAGCGGCGCUUGACAACCGCAAUCUGCCGAGUUGAGCCGUCGAGGGCGGGAUAGGGGCGGACGCCAGAAGGACCGGCUGACGAACUGAUGGACUGACGCGCGGGCGGCGGAGGGAGGACCGACGCUAAGCCCAGACCGCCGCCCUCGCGCUCGCGUCCUAGCCCGGAGUUGGCCGCUCAGGGCUGCGGCCGCCGGUCUCCCGGCCGCGUCUUCUUCCGCCUCAUCCCGGCGCUCCGCUCGGAGCCCUCAGGUUAGCAACAUGACGGCUGAAGAAACAGUGAAUGUAAAAGAGGUUGAAAUCAUUAAGUUAAUUUUGGACUUCUUGAAUUCAAAGAAGCUUCACAUUAGUAUGCUGGCCCUUGAGAAGGAAAGUGGAGUCAUAAAUGGCCUAUUUUCAGAUGAUAUGCUUUUUCUGAGGCAGCUGAUCCUUGAUGGUCAAUGGGAUGAAGUUCUUCAGUUCAUUCAACCUCUGGAAUGUAUGGAAAAAUUUGACAAAAAAAGGUUUCGUUAUAUUAUCCUGAAGCAGAAGUUUCUAGAAGCUUUAUGUGUUAACAAUGCAAUGUCUGCAGAAGAUGAGCCCCAGCAUUUGGAAUUUACCAUGCAAGAAGCUGUGCAGUGUUUACAUGCUCUAGAAGAGUACUGUCCCUCUAAAGAUGACUAUAGCAAGCUCUGUUUGCUCCUGACUUUGCCUCGUCUGACCAAUCAUGCUGAAUUUAAGGACUGGAAUCCCAGCACUGCACGAGUUCACUGUUUUGAAGAGGUUUGUGUCAUGGUUGCAGAAUUCAUCCCUGCUGACAGGAAGCUAAGUGAGGCUGGUUUUAAAGCAAGUAACAAUCGCUUAUUUCAGCUUGUAAUGAAAGGCCUGCUUUAUGAAUGCUGCGUAGAAUUUUGUCAGAGUAAAGCAACUGGAGAAGAAAUUACAGAAAGUGAAGUACUUCUUGGCAUCGACCUCCUAUGCGGUAACGGUUGUGAUGAUUUAGAUCUAAGUUUAUUGUCUUGGCUUCAGAACCUCCCUUCUUCCGUCUUUUCUUGUGCAUUUGAACAGAAAAUGCUUAAUAUUCAUGUUGACAAACUUCUGAAACCUACAAAAGCUGCAUAUGCUGAUCUUUUGACUCCUCUUAUCAGCAAACUUUCUCCCUAUCCAUCAUCUCCAAUGAGAAGACCUCAGUCAGCUGAUGCCUAUAUGACUCGCUCUCUGAAUCCUGCAUUAGACGGCCUCACAUGUGGACUAACCAGUCACGAUAAGAGAAUCUCAGACCUUGGCAACAAAACUUCUCCAAUGUCACACUCAUUUGCUAACUUCCAUUAUCCAGGGGUACAAAACCUCAGCAGAAGUCUCAUGCUUGAGAAUACAGACUGUCACAGUAUCUAUGAAGAAUCCCCUGAACGAAGUGAUACACCUGUUGAGGCACAGCGGCCUAUCAGUGAAACCUCGGGCCAGAGUUCAGUUUCAGAAAAAGAGCCUGCAAAUGGAACACAGAACACAGCACCAGCUAAGCAAGAAAAGAAUGAGCUUCGAGAUUCCACUGAACAAUUUCAAGAAUAUUAUAGGCAAAGAUUACGCUAUCAGCAGCAUUUAGAACAGAAGGAGCAACAGCGACAGAUAUACCAGCAGAUGCUGCUUGAAGGAGGUGUGAACCAAGAGGAUGGUCCUGAUCAGCAACAGAAUCUUACUGAACAAUUCCUUAAUAGGUCUAUUCAAAAGCUUGGAGAAUUAAAUAUUGGAAUGGAUAGUCUUUGUAAUGAAGUUCCAGUGCUCAACCAGCAGUGCAAUGGGAGCAAAGGCAAUGGAUCACAUGAUUCUUCUGUGACUAGUUUUGCUACACCACCGCAAGACUCCAGCCAGAGAUUAACACAUGAUACUUCAAAUAUUCACACAAGCACUCCUCGUAAUCCUGGAUCAACACAUCACAUACCUUUUCUUGAGGACUCUCCACCUUGUGGAAGUCAGGUCUCAUCAGAACAUUCGGUCAGUAAGCCAUCUCUUGGAGAUUCUUCCGGGAGUCUAUCAAGAUCAAAAGGGGAAGAGGAUGACAAAUCAAAAAAGCAGUUUGUUUGUAUUAAUACUCUAGAAGACACACAAGCUGUUAGAGCAGUGGCUUUUCAUCCAAGUGGUAGUUUAUAUGCUGUUGGUUCGAAUUCAAAAACUCUGAGAGUUUGUGCCUAUCCAGAAGUAAUUGAUCCAAGUGUGCAUGAUGUUCCUAAGCAGCCAGUGGUACGAUUUAAAAGAAACAAACAUCAUAAAGGAUCCAUUUAUUGUGUUGCUUGGAGUCCUUGUGGACAGUUACUAGCAACAGGAUCAAAUGACAAAUACGUAAAAGUGUUACCGUUCAAUGCAGAGACUUGUAAUGCAACAGGACCGGAUCUGGAAUUUAGCAUGCAUGAUGGGACAAUUAGAGAUUUGGCAUUUAUGGAAGGCCCAGAAAGUGGUGGAGCAAUUUUAAUAAGUGCUGGAGCAGGGGACUGUAACAUUUAUACCACAGAUUGUCAAAGAGGACAGGGUCUUCAUGCUUUGAGUGGACACACUGGACAUAUUUUAGCACUUUAUACCUGGAGUGGCUGGAUGAUUGCAUCUGGUUCCCAAGACAAGACCGUUAGGUUCUGGGAUCUUCGAGUACCAAGCUGUGUCCGUGUUGUUGGCACAACAUUCCAUGGAACCGGCAGUGCAGUGGCAUCUGUAGCUGUAGAUCCCAGUGGCCGUCUCUUAGCCACAGGUCAAGAAGACUCUAGUUGCAUGCUGUAUGACAUAAGAGGAGGAAGAAUGGUACAGAGUUAUCACCCUCAUUCCAGUGAUGUUCGCUCUGUUCGCUUCUCCCCUGGAGCACACUACUUGCUAACAGGCUCUUACGAUAUGAAAAUAAAGGUGGCAGAUUUACAAGGUGACCUCACCAAGCAGCUUCCUAUCAUGGUGGUAGGGGAGCAUAAGGACAAAGUGAUUCAGUGCAGAUGGCACACCCAGGAUCUUUCCUUCCUGUCAUCCUCUGCAGACAGAACUGUAACUCUCUGGACUUACAAUGGCUAGAGUGCACCCUGUAUCAGUCUAUGCAGUGAAAGCACAGAGACUUCAGACUACUGAGUUGUGAAAACUACGAACCUGAAGAACAUACUGUUUAAGAAAGAAGCUUAGCACGAGGAAGCCCCUCUUUACCAUGUCCUAUCGAUAGGAAUGUUAGGUGGUGUUGUUCUGCAGUGCUUUCAGUCUUCCAUGUGAGUUUGUGCUGCUGUGUAGUCUCCUUGCCAAAGUCUGCAAAAGAGCUCUUAUGUUGAUGUGUGCUCCAAAUCAAGGUACAUGAUGUGUUUACGGUUUAUUAUUAAAUACACUUCUCAUUUUUUGCCCAAAUAACAGUUUUAUAUACACUCUGACACUGGAUUAUACUUUAAGAAUUCUGUUACAUAUAAUAUAACCAAGUUCUCUCCAGAUGAAACAGGUGUUCAGAAAUUACUUUGCUCUUGUCACAAUCCCAUAUUGUAUCCCUUACCUUCUAGAGGUCAGAAUUGGAUGUGCCUCUUACAUUUUACAUGGUUGUUUCCACCUAAGGAUUAUUAUGGAGUUGAAAGAUGAAUGGAAAACUGCUUCUUAGUUUGUUCUAAGGUAGCCUUUUUUUUUUUCUUAACCCAGGGAUAUGGUUUCUAUUUUGUCACCUGUUUUGUUCAGACUAAAUGGUAAAUAUGUUUUCUUUGGAAACUUGUUAACUUCAAUUUUUUGAAUGCAACAAGAUACCUCCCUUCUAUCCUGUACUGUAGACACAGAGCAGCAGCAGUUGUGUGAUGCAGUAUUUGAUGGUAUGGUUAAUUUACUGCCUAGCAUUUUCCUCUUAAACAAUAAAAAACUUUGCCAUGACCAUAGCAUGGCUUGAAAAGCUAUGUGUGCAUGAUAAUUUAAAAUGGAAAAUUUAAACUUUGCACUCCAAAAGCUUAUUUGGAUUUUUUUCUCGCAGUUUUGUGUAAUGAAGAAUAAUGAUUUUAUUAGUACUAUACUAUAGAGCCUAACAUUUUAUGUAUCUUUAUUUUCAUAUGGUUCGGUAUUUUAAGUUAUUAAAUAGGCUAUUUUAUUUAUUUCAACUGCAGUUGUAUUGAACUGUCUGUGCACUGUAUGUAGCAAACAUUUUUAAUCUAUGGUACACCAGUGGAAAAGUUCUAGAAAUGUAACUGUGCUUUUAUUUCAAUAAAGACCUCUUGACACCUGAAAUCAUA